AUGAUCACAAGAAUGCUUCAUCUAGUUCACUGGAACAGUACAUAUCCCAACUUUGGAGAAGCUGCGAGCAUGUCUAAUGGCCUUGCUGUAGUUGGAGUCUUCUUAGAGAUUGGUGAUGAAAACCCUCGACUCCAGAAAGUCUUUGAUGCACUGGAUGCCAUUAAAGCAAAAGGAGCACAGACUUUAUUUCCAGACUUUGACCCCACUAUCCUGCUGCCUAGCACUCUGGAGUACUGGACAUAUGAUGGCUCUUUGACCACGCCCCCUCUACUCGAGAGUGUUACAUGGAUUGUUUGCAAGAAGUCAAUCGGUGUUAGCUCCACACAGGUCCUGUCGAUUUCAUUAACAUAUUAUUCAUAG